AUGGGCGAUUUAAAUGAGGACCUGCAUGUGGCGGUCCUAGCCGUCAAACAAAAGUGUGCGGAGGUUCAGCAGAAAAUUUUCGCCGAGGACCAGGUUACUGUAAUUUUCCCCAAGGAUACUGUAUUCAGUCAUUAAUUUUUUUAGUCAAUGAAAAAAAAUUUUUUUUCGUUUACCAUUGCAAUUUUGUGAAACUCAUUCAUCCAAACGUUUAUUUCAGAGCUUAUCGUAGUACGGUAUAAUUCAGAGUACUGUAGGAGGGUUACGGUAGUCCAAGUUUAAUUUUUCUCAAAUUUUCACUGUUCUGAUCAAUUGGUGAAGCUUCAUUCUCUGAAAAACGCAGCACAUUUCGUGAAUUUCGCUACAGUAACCCAAGCCAUCGGGUUACGGUAGCGACAUUUUUGAAACUUUACAGUAUCCCCUGAGUGAGCUACUGUAGUUAUAGCCCUUAUAGAGCCAUUUUCGAAGCACGACCUAGCCUCGUGUGAUAAAAUCAUCAAAAAAAGCGAAAUUUUAUCAAAUAAUACUGUAGAUUACUGUACUAUGCCUUUUGUAUACAGUAGUUUUUCAGAGUCUUCCUCACAAAAACGGCCAUUUGAACGUCCGACGCUACAUUUACGCGUUAACAACGGCGAAAAAAGAGGUUUUUUUUUUAAUAUUUUAUUUUCUACUUAUCAAAUCACUCACUGAAAUUUGCUUUUUCGAAAAAAAAACAUGUCAAAAUGAUUCAUCUUCCCACGACACUUACUCAUAAUCUUUACAUUUUCUAAUCUAUAACCUUUCGGGCCGAAAUGUUGGAAACUACGUAAAACGCGUAGGUUUGUAGCGUUAUCAGGCCGUCGACUUGGUGGCGCCUACGCUUUGUGAAAAGAGAGGAGGAGGAAAUUGGAAUGAAAUUACGAUUUGAGGGGGUUUUUUUUUUCUUUUUUGACGUAGAAAAUUGAUAAAAAUACACACUUUUUUGCAACCUCGGGUGUAAAAAUGAAACGGGAAUAGAGUCUUCUGAACUUUGGGGCUAUUCGGAGUUUUGGAAUGAAGAGAAAUGGGGGGGCUCUAGGAAAAACAAUUUUUGGGAGGGGCUAGAACCUGCGAUCUUUUGAUUUCUAGAAAUAAGCCUAAGCCACCGAGCCAUCCGGAAACAAGUGCAAAACCGGAAAAUUGGUUGUCGACUUUUGCAAAUGAGAGUCUAGCUGUUCGGAAACAUCAGAGAUUUAGAGAAACUUUUGAUUAUUUUUCAAAAUCCUUGACUGGAUUCGAACCUGCGAUCUUUUGAUCUCUGAGAAUGGGCCUAAGCCACUGAGCCACCCGGAGACAAAAGCAAAACCGGAAAAUCGUUUUGCAAAAGAGUGUCUAGUUGUUGGGAAACAUCAGAAUUGUGGUCAACUGUUCGAAAACCUCGAGUGGAUUCGAACCUGCGACCUUUUGACCCUUAGAAAAGACUACUAGCCGUUGAGCUAUGGGUAAUAUUGGACCCAAUUCAAAAAUAUUGAGUUGGCUCCUACUUCGAGUUCAAAAAAAACAUUUAAAUCCAUUCUAGAGAACUAAAUUAUGGAGUUUUUUGAUCUAUAUUUGAAAAAAAUUGAAAAAUCCUGGAGAGGAUUCGAACCUACGACCCCUGAAUAGAAUACUUUCCAUAUGAGAAACGAGAAAAUUCUCUUUUUCUAGUUUCAUGACGUCAUAUAGCGAAAUUUGAAACCAACAAAACCACUUGAGGGAACCCUUGGUCGACGCAGCCGGUCUCUAACUCGGGUCUACAUGGAGGAGAAGUAUUACAGAUCCGUGAGUCUACAUUUUUGAAAUGGCAAAAAUGAAAAGUCAAGAAGAAGAUCCGAUCUUCUGACCUUUUUGAUCAUGACCUAAUGGUUUACCGACUGAGCUAUUCAGAAAUCAGCUCCUCAUCCCGACCAAGUCGAGCGAAACGAGUUCUACGAACAGGAUUUCACGUGAGUUUUUUUUUUCGAAGACUUUCAAAACUUCUCCAGAUAAUCCCUUUAACGUAGAUCUAAAAAAAUCGAAUUUUGGUAUACAAAACUUGAGAAACAAAGACUCGCUGAGAUGAUUUUGCGGACUAAAACCUUACCGUAAUCCCCAGAUUUCAUACUUCAGAUCGAGAAAACUAGAAAAGCUUAAAGAAACCAGGCAUUUCGGGAAACAGCUUCCAAAGUUUUGAUUGCGGACUUAGUUCUUACCGUAAUCCUCAGAAGUCUGAUCUUGAACUGAGUGGGCUGCAGGAUCAAGAAACGAAAUUUCAUAGAAAGGUUGCUCAAAUUGAAAAAAAGACUGUCUGAGAUGAUUUUGAGAGAAGACUAAACUUAAGUAAUAAUUUGAAUGAAGAUAACAUCAACCCUCUAAAGCGUGUAUACAGACCAAACUUUUACCGUAAUCUUUGAAAUGAAGAUAGUUUAGGCUUUAAAGCGUGUAUAGAGAUCUAACUCAUACCGUAAUCUUUGAAAUGAAGAUGAAAUACUUUAAAGCGUGUAUACAGAUCUAACCCAUACCGUAAUCUUCCAGACCGCAAGGAGAAGAGCGUCUGGAAUUCACAGAGACUAUCGACGCUCCCUUAACCGAACUCGAAGCAGAAGACGUGGCCCAUGUCCAACGAGUCGCCAGGAAACUUCCAGAAGGCGUCGAGCCAUGGACCCACGAGCUCGUGGUUACUGAAGAGGUGACCAUUUUUUUCGAAACUAACGUCUUCAAUACAUUUUUUGAUUUUUGACGUCUUAAUUUUUUUUUUCCAUGCUAAUUAACGUCUUCAGGACGGCGAGUCAGGCCUCCUGGAAGAUCGAACUCUGACCCUCCGAAGUGGAAAUCAUCCUUACGGGUCCAAUCAUCUGAACGACGUGGCCGAAUCGUUAUCGGAAAAGGUAAAAGGAUUUUGGAUUGAAAACUUGAAGCAAACCUUCAGAUCGCCGAGUUCUUCGGAGUCCGAGAUGAGAUCCGAAAACGGGAGCUUUCCAUGUCAGUAGUGCCGGUUUAUGAGGAACAUGGGACUCAUUACGUUUCCUAUGGUCUUAACAGGUCUGUUUUAAAUCCCGAUUCGGAUUUAUCCCUGCUACUAGUCCAUAGUCAAGCCUUUUUGUCGAAGCUACUUGCAGGUCUUCGUCGCUGAGUUCGAUUCACCGACGUCGUCAGGAGGAACGUCGUCAGCUCGACACCAUCGAGGUAGAAGCAAAUUCACGGGCUGAGCUUGCCGCAGACUCUCUUCCCAACAUCUACGGCACCUUUGGAAGCUCUUAUGGCACUUCCAGUACGGCUUGGAGCCACCAGAGAGAGCCAGGCUUCUUGUUCCGAUACGACCAAAACGGAAAGAUCAUCCAGGAGUCCUACGGCACUUCUGGCCUUGGAAGGUACACAAGUUCGAAUGGUGCUGCUCAAGUCGGAGGAUACACCUCUUAUGGGAGUACUGGAAGCGCUCUUGGAGAAUACAUCUUCCAUGGAGCAAGAGAAAGCCAAUCAAGCACUACUGAAGCCGCUCUCGGACAUUACACUUCUCAUGGAAGUUCUGAAGCUGUUCAAGCGAAAGAGAGCCAAUCUAGCAGUACCGAAGUCGGACGCUACACCUAUGGAAGUACUGGCAACGUCCUGGAAAAUCGUCAGUACGACACUUCAAAUCUAGGAAGGUACACGACCUAUGGAAGUGCCAUAAAUGUGACCGAGGCCAACAAGUCCAGCAGCACUGGCAGUGUGGCUACAGUUGUGGCGAAUCCCGAAGUCACCAAGUCUGUCCAUCGAAUCGAAACUACCACCAUCUCUGAGCCGAUCUACGAUUCCGUUGCCAAAGAGCACAUUUACGACAUUCCUGAGCAAACUCCUGCUCCAAUUCUAGCUUCCCCUCGAUCACCAGUGCAGCUUCCGAAGAACUUCGGCACUUACUACGGCGCCGCUUCUUACAUCUGCCUGAAUCCCUAUGACUACGAAGCUAUCAUGGCCAGGCCUUUGCACUAUUCCUACAAUUCUGAGUCCCAUCGGGAAGUUCUGAGAGAAUGGAAGGAGCAUGAAGCCUUGGAAAGAGUCAAGGAGGAAGAAAGACGAGCCUAUGAAGCUACUCUUGUUCAAACUCAGACUGAAGAGGUUCAUCACAUAAUCGAAGAAGUUCGGCAAGAAAUCGAGGAGCAUGUGGAGCACUCUCUCCACCGAGCCUUGGAGCUGGACCAUUCCCUUCUGGAAGUCGAGAAAACUAUCAUUGAAGCCCUGCCGCAAGUUGAGCCGGUACAGCAAGAAAUUCUCCUUCACGAACUUCAUCGAGCCUUGGAGCUGGAACACAGCCUGAUCGAGGAAAUAACCUACGCAAAAUCCAGAAGCUCUACAUCUUCCACCGUUCGGGUUCGAUCUCUAGAAGAGGACGCCAGGAUUCAAAGACUCCUGGAGGAGACUGCGAUUCUUGAGGAGAAUGCUCGAAUCGCCGUGGAGAAGUUGGAAUCAUCUCGACGAUCGAGUGGAGAAGAAUACAUUGUUCUGAUCCGAGGAGUGGAGCUGGAUCAUCUGCCGUGGGACGUCGUCGGUUACAGUUUGCCUCCAGAUGAGCCGGCGCCGAUCUACGACGACUACCACGACGACGAGCACAUCUACGCCGAGAUUGAAGACCCUCCAGAGGAACUUUUCCACGCCACGCCUGUCGAAAUUGUCUACGACUCGACGUCUUCCGAUUCAGACACAAUCUACGUCGGGAAUGCUGCCCUUGAUAGAGCCAUGAGCGGUUAUCAGAGUAUCCGAGAAGUCUCACCAAAGCCAGCCCCGCGAGAAGAAUACCGUGACGACAAGACGAUCUACGUCGGCCGCGAAGCGUUGGCGUCGGUGUCGAGCAAGAUGGACGUCGUCGAAAAACACGAGAAGCUGGAGAAGAGCGUCUUGGAGCGGGUCAAGGAGAUCGAAAGCCAGCCGGGAGCCGGAGAACCUCCAAGAAGGUCGUGGAACGCCCUAGAGCUCUGGGGAUCGGCAAACGACGUCAGCACUUCUGGACAUGCCGUUGGAGGAGGUGUGGCCAUUCAUGAGAACUUCUGCGAGGUUGGUUUCAGAGUUUUUUGAGAUUUAAGAAAAAAUCUGAUAAGAACGAGUUUUUUUACUAUGUGUUUCACUCAAUUUAACAGUGACUAGUUACAUCUAAACCCAAAAAAUUAGGAAGGUCAUGGUCGCACGGAGAAUGGCUCAAAGCAAAGUUGCACCCGACCUAAACUGACUUGCGCGCCGAUAUAGCCUUGUCAGCCCUCAUUUGCGGAUUCAAGCCGCAGCCGCUACGCAUUGAGCUAUUUAAAAUGCGACCAGGAAAAAUUCCCAUCGCUUGCAUUUUUCCAAUGCGAGUAACGUUUCAGUCAGAAUGCAUAAUGAGAAUUAAAUUUAACAACUUCGUUUAGCAAUAGCUCAGUGGUUUAAUUGAAUUCGUAUUUAAUGGAGAAGGGAGAUGUACAUGCGCCUUUAAAUUCUCCAAGAUGUCUAUGAACUAACUAUUCCAGAAAUCUUCCCAUGCUGAUCAUCACCAACUGACGGAACACCACAGCAGUGCAUUCUCCAGAGUGGUAAUUGAUUGAACUUGAUUAUUGUGUUCGCCAUGCUUUUGAACUUGUCUGUGCUUUCUUUUAUAUGGCCAGUUCAUACCGACUUUGAAAACCAAAUGGGCAUCUUGCCAAAACCUGUUUUGUUGUGUAGGCGAUGUGGCUUUGGCGGGUACUUCCGGGAAAAAAUUAGAAAACCUAAUUUAUCGACUUCUUUCACUGAACUACCGUAUAAGAACGAUAGUAGCUCGGUAUGAGGGGGCAUCUCUUUCAAAAUGGAACUUCCCGCCAAAAGCCGCGCCGCGUAAGCAACGCGUCACUCAUCGCUCUUUAAGUCGAAAAAAGAUUGGAGGGCACAGACAGGUUAGAAAGUCAUGACGAAGGGAAAACCUUAGCACCGAAAACCAUGCACUGGGGAGGAAUUUAGGAGAGCAAGGAGCACGAGUUCGAGCUGAAGCAUCACCAGGAGCAUGAAGAACGACAUCAUCAUCAGGAACACCAUCAUGAGCAGCACCAUGAUCAUCACCAUGAGCAGCACCAUGAGCAGCACCAUGAGCAGCACCAUGAGCAUCACCAUGAGCAGCAUCAUGAGCAGCAUCAUGAGCAUCACCAUGAGCAUCACCACUAUCAUCACGAGCACGACCUUCUCUCGAAGAAGCACGACCACGACUUGGAGCUGGAACUUCUCGCCGCCCACCGUUUCUCCGGCCACGAACGCGAUUGCCCCCGUUGCCGUCGACUAGCCAUCGUGAAAAUGACGUCAUCCUUUUCUGGAGUGACGUCAGAAGAGCUGACGACGUCACGCGUUCAGACGAGCGCCUUCGAGUCCGUCCAAAAGGUGUCCGCAUGAAAACCAAAAAACCCAUCCUGCACGCGGUCUUGCUCAGCCCGAUCCCCUAAUCCAUUUCCCACCUGCACAUCUUCUUUUUAGCUACCGUAAUCAGUUUAAUAAUCAUCUUUUUAAUUUUAGGAGACUCAUCAUGUUGAAGUGCAAACGGAGAAGAAGCCCGAGCCGAAGCCUAUCGGUGAGUUUUGAAAUUUAAAGGAUUAUUGACGUCAUAAAAUUUAGUGUAUUCUAUUUUAAACGGAGUAUUUGAUUAAAAUGGCACAUUUUCUGAAUUUUUUUAAUGAUGUCAUAAAAAAGGGAAAAAUUAAUUCUUUAAAAAGUUAAAAAUAAAGAUUUAUGAAGUCUCUCUUCAAUUUUUAAGAAAAUUUAACAAACUUCUAUUGAAUAAAACUCAUGCUGACGUCACUUUUGACUAAUUUAUGACGUCAUUACUUAAAUUUAAAAUUUUUUUCUGUAGAAUUAUUUUAGAAAAGCAAUUUUUCAAGAAGAAAAGACCUUAAUGACGUCUAUAAUUACCAAAAAAAAAUCUCCACAUUUUUGACGUCACUAGGAUGAGAAACACUAUGAAAUAUAAGAAAAUCGAGUCUCUAAACUGAGCAAUAAACCUCCGCCACAGCUCGACGAACACCGCCGGUAGCGAAAAAAAUCGCUAGCCGAUUUAAUCCGAUCCGUAAGUUCGUAGGAAUUUAGAGCUCCUUCCAGCUUUUGGAUAGUAUAGUUAGGCCAGUUAUAGAUUACUCUAUACGGUUUGGUCUCGUUUCUUUCACACUAAAGUUACCGUAAACAGAGCUUCACUCAAUAAACUGAAUUAAGUGGGUCUCGAGGAAAAAAAAAUCGUGGAAAGCUGGCUUAGAAUGAUCUAUAGUUGAGCCUAAGAAGUUAUUAUAAGCUUGGUUACCAGGUAGUGCCUAGAUAUCAUAGUUAACUGAGCCUAGUCAGAUUAGCUUUGCUUCAAAAACACCCUAAAAGCUUCUCCCAGCGUCCAGAUAGUCCAAAUAGUGAGCAUAGUAGACCAAAAAUGUACCUCGAGGUACCCAAACUCGGUUACCAGGUAAAAUAACUCCAAUGCUAGUUAUCCCGGCGCCUGAGCCGCCACGUCCAGUGCCAAAGAGACUUCCGAAGCCGGAGCCCGAGCCGGUCAAGCCACCGGAGCCGGAACGACCCAAGAGGAAGCCGUGGGUGCCGCCGCCGAAGCCGAUUCAGUUCGAUGAGGAGAAGCAUGACCGUUUGUUUGAACUUGUCAAGUAGGAGGGUUGAGGGAAAGCUGUUCAGACCCACUGGGACCAGUGAUUUUCCACGAGCUGAUGCUUCAGAACGGCAUUUUGAGGAAGAAGUAUCACGAGGAGCAGACGGCUACCUUGACCAGGCCGGUCAGUCGGCCGGUUAGCCGGGCUAAUAGGUUGGUUUUCCGGAAGGAUGAAAAAUGAAGAGAAGAAGGGAAUCGGCCAUGUAAUAAAUCUUCCGCUGAUUUUACCAAAAAUGAACGUCCGGGGGGUGAUGAAGGGAAAUAACUGGCAAUUCCAGUGACUGAAAAGAUGACCGAAUGAUCUUUUCAUACGGUUUCCAAUUCAUGGCUUGAGAAGACGAAAAUGGGCGUGGCCUGUCUGCACUCUCCACCAACCAGGCACUGUCUCGUUUCUCAUCGUGCCAGGACCCUAUUCUAUGGAUUUAUACCCCAUCCAUUUCAGGAAAAACCCAAAAAAGUUCUAACAGCCUCCUAUUUUCCAGUCGUCCGUCAACGCCUGGACUCGAACCGAAAACCAUCGAUUUCCCUCGUCUGGAUCAGGUUCAUCCCCAAGAUCUCGACUUCGUCGCCGAGUACGUCAACGACCGCAUCAACACCUACAAUGGUUCAUUUCUUUUUUAUUCCGAGCAUGAUGAUGGAGCAGAAAACAUCUAUUUAAUCAUAUAAUUCAGAAAAAGAACGACGAGCCAGCGAGCACAGGAUCCACUCCUUGGAAAGGACUUCGCAAAGAGCUACUGCUGGAGGUAUCGUAGGUAAGGGUUCUUCUUCUUCUUCCUACGCCUUUGUACCGCUUGAGCGGCGUCGGCGCCCCAGGUCGAUUAGCCGGCGUCCUGAUAUCAGUGGACUGGCUCUAGUGACAUAUCCGUCCUUGUGUGUGACGGCUGGGGAUUUUGACGUCGUGGUUUCCCACUACCAACAUUUCUUAAACCCUUUGGUUGGGUCGGGGCGGGGAUCGAACUUGUGACCCUGUGGACCGUAGACAGGCACACAGCCUGUUGCGCUACGGCGCGCCUCAUCGUAGGUACGGUAGAAAAACAGCGAAAAAUUGAGAAACCGACAAAAAAUGAUUAUUACAGAUUAAUCAAGAGAGGGAGGGAUGUGAUCAAAUUGAUUUUUGGGAACAAGAGCAUUAAAUUUUUUAAAUUUCAGCCCCUCGACCCUCCCGUUCAACUGAAACACAUCAAACGAGAAAUUCGGCAAUCAACGUGGUUGGAGGUCACGUCGGUGGACAUACUAGGCAUGACCAUUAUGAGCAUGGUGAGAUUUUUGUAGUCGCACUGGGAAUGGCUUUGAAGCGACGCGGUCGCGCCGCGUCUAUGAUGCAUUUUGAACACCUUUCUUGUGGUGUAAAUGUUGGUCAAAAACUAUGAAGAAAACUUUUAAGCUGUUUUUGGACCAAUCAGAGCAAAGUCCAUUCAUGAACGACUCGAAAGAAAAAAUUUCUCGCCGUGACUCAUUCUGGAACACUGCCAAUGCUCCUUCAAUUUGGAAAACUUCUGGAGGAUGAAAAAAACUUUUUUAGCUCAAAUUUACACUGAAUCAACUUUAAAAUAAAUCAGGAACUUUCCUGUAAAAUGACGUCAUCUCAGUAUUGCUCAUUUUAGUCUGACUUCUCUGUGUCCUCCUUUUUUUCUUUGUCUUUUCCUGUUACUAUGACCUGGUCCGUGAGGGAAAAGAGGGUGCAGAUAGGUCAGACUUUCCGCAAAUGGAGUAUUUUGUAUUUAUAUUAUCUUAUAUAAGCCAUUGAAGUGCUAGAAACACUUUGAAAAUUGAAAAUUGGCGUUUUUUUAAGCUAUUUAUGAAUAUACUAUCAGUCUUCAAGCCGUUUUCCGCUAAUUUUCUCAAUUUUUCAGGCCUAGAAAGACGAGCCAGUGAACGCCAUACUUCGGAAAGACCUGCUGUUGGAGGUAUCGUAGGUGAGGAUUACUGUAGAAAACAUUUUUGAAAUGGUGAAUUACAGUAUCCCAACCAUCUCAUGAAAUCUACCUGAUCAGAAGUUUGGAGCUCAAUGAGGUCAGACCUCACGUCGGCGGUCAUGCAAGUCACGGAAAAUCGCAUCAAGGUUUUUUUUCACUUGGGUCGCAUUGGGAAUGGCUGACUGCGUUGCGGUUACGCGGGAUUUUGAAAAACUGGCUUCUACUGAUUUUUUAAUUUUUUUUGUUCUUCAUUUAGCUUACAAUUCCAAGAAAAGGAAAAUUUUCUUGAAUGAAAUUUUAUAAAAAAUCGCUUCACAACCGCUACACGUUGAGUCGUUACACGUGCUACCAUAAUGAUUUGAAAUUUUUUUGAGGAUCUUUAUUUUUUUAGAAGUCCACAGAGCUGAAUUGGAACGACCAAAGCCUAUUGCUGUUGGAAACUUUGUGGCAGUUAAAAACGGGAGAUCAUCGGGAUCAUUCGAAUGGUUGAAUUUGGAUCCUUUUUCAGAAAUUAAAAAAAAAAACUUAGCUUUCAUAAAAAAUCCGGAGUGUACAAUAUAAGACUAAAUGAAGAAUGCAAAUUUUUUUUCCCAAAAAAAGCCUUUUAACAAGUUUUUUGACCAAAUUUUCAGUUAAACUCCGCUUGUCAAAUAAAAAAUACACCCUCUAAUUUUUCCUACUGCUACAAAAGACAAAAUCUCCAAUCCAUAGAAAUUCCCUAAUUUUUGCCGUUGAAAAGAUUUUUUUUCUGAAUAAUCCUAUUCCUUCUCGGGCUCAUUUUUACUUUUUUUACAGCUUGAAGCUCUGGAAAAAGCUACCAAUUUUCAUUUUCUUCAAAUUUUUGAGCUUCUCGGACUCUAGUGACCACUUUAGUAGCGUCACAACUCUUAAGUGACCCCUAGAAUUAGACAGAAAUGUCCGUUUCGCGUUCAAUUCCUUGUGAGCGUUUUCUCAAAAAUACAACCUCUUUUAAGAAUUUCAAGAAACAUUAAUUCGGGAUAUGUGGCUCUACAUGAAAUUUUUCUAGACUUUUUUUGACUGGUCUUCAAUUUCAGGCUUAUUAAUCUCGAAACUUCUUGAUUUUUUUCUCGAUCAAUGUCUUUAGGAUAUCAUUUAAAAACUACUACUUUUUUCAAAAACCAUAUUUGCAAAACUUGAAAAAGAAAUUACUUCAAAAAAAGGCUGUAGGUUGUAAUUUUUUUAGAUUCCCCUGCCUCCCCCAUUUCAGUUUAAGACGUCUAAAUCGUAAAAAAACCCGUCUUUCCUUUUCAAUUUUUUUCAACUAAAAAAACCCCAUAUUUGCUUGAAAAAAAUAGUUCAUUUUGAGAAAAAAAGAUUUAAAAUAAACGGUUUUCCAUGGACCUUUGCCGAUUUUUUUAGCUUCUAGAAUACGAAAAAAAUUUCAUCUAAAGACUAUAUUUGAACACUUUCUAUAGAUAACCGUAUAUUUGGACCAUUUUCAACUGAAAUAUUUCAAAAUAUAGUCAUUUAAUCUCAACCUUACAGAACUUUUCAUCGCCCGACCGGUUUUGGCCGGUAGCGUUUCCGGAAGCGAGGACGGAUAUGCUCGUAAGGAUCUCAAAAUGAAAUUUCAAUGCAAAAAUGAACCAAUUUUGAGGUUUCGACAAAAACAAGUACGAAGAUGUUUCCGUGGCCGGCGAAAUCGAAGACGUUGACGUUGAUUACGAAAUCGCCUAUGCUAAUCAAGCCAUCAGAAGGAUGAGCCGACAUAACCGGUGGUCGGAGGAUGAAAUGAAGGUUUUGGGAAGCUCACAAAAAAAACUGAAAUUCAAAGAAAAUAAAAAUUCAGAGCCCAGUAAGUCCUCAAAGAAGAGCCCAUUUGGACGCUGCCAUACCUUUGAACUCGCCUUUUGUCAAGGUUUUUCUUGAAAUCUCACUUUUCUCUAGUUUUUUUUUGCUCCUAAGACUCUAGGAUGUUGCACUAGGUAAAUUGAUACCAGAAACGGCUCUUCGCCUCAAGACCUUCAUAGAAUUUGCCUAUGCGCCUUUAAAGAAUAAAAGUGAGCCUCAUUAUACGUAAAUUAACACUUGAAAUGGCUCUUCGUCUCGAGACCCUCAUGAAAUUCGCGCUUGAGCCUUUGAAAAACCACAUUGAGUCUCAUAAUACGUUUAAUAACACUUGAAACGGCUCUUCGUUUAAAGACCCUUAUGAAAUUCGCGCAUGCGCCUUUAAAAAAAUCCCAGUGAGCCUCAUCAUACGUUAAAUAACACUUGAAACGGUUCUACGCCUCAAGAACUUGAAUAAAUCCUCCCGUGCGCCUUUAAAAAAUCAUAAAAUAACACUUGAAACUUCUCUUCGUCUCAAGACCUUCAUAAAACUCUCCCAUGCGCCUUUAAAAAAACAUUAGUGUUAAAGAUCUCUUACCCAGGUAAAAUAACACUUGGAACCACUCUUCGUCUCAAGACCUGCAUAGAACUUGCCUAUGCGCCUUUAAAGAAUGACAAGAUUGAGAAAGCCUCAAAUUACGUAAAUUAAAACUAUAAACGUCUCUUCGCUUCAAGACCUUCAUGUAAUCCUCUAAUGCGCCUUUAAAAAAUUACAGGGCUCAGAAAGCAUUAAUCAGGCAGAAUAACACUGAAGACGGCUCUCCGCCUCAAUAUAUUUUUUUGAAAAUCGUCCAUGCUCCUUUAAAAAAUUGCAGCGAGGGUUCUUGGACAGGCUAUACUUUUAUUGGAUUUUUCUUUAAGUUUUUCGUUUCAAUAAUUGAAAUUGAUGAAAUUUUCCGAGUUUGAGAUAGUCUUUAUAUGGAAAAAUGAGGUUUGAGACAAAUAUUUUCUAAAGAAUUUCGACUUUUACUUCCUUUUCUGAAUUUUGAAAGUUAUAGUCGAUGUGCCACGACUUGAAAUUUCAUGGAACGACACUCCGUUGGGUGGCCGUGGCCGUGAAAGCGCCUUGCCUUUGCGAAUUUCAGUCGCGCUUUCCAUUUUUUUCUUUCAUUUGAAAAAUUUUCAUUAUUUUUUUAUUAUGUUUUAAUAGUUUUCCCCGUGCCAAACUCAUAAUUAUCUUUUUCUAGUGGAUAGACUGUUUCAUUGAUAAAAAAAUAAAGUAGAGUAAUUUUUCGAAUUUAAAGAGAAAAAUGCGUUUAUAAUAUUUGAAAGUUUUUUUCAUGAGAUGGUUUUUGGUUUUGUUCAAUAUAUUCCGUUAUUUAACCUUCAUUGAGCCUUUAUCGACAUUUCUUUUUUUCAUUUCAAAUAAUGUAAAGAUAUCCCAAUCAGAAAUAAAAUACACAGUGAAUGAUUUUAAAAAAAUUGAAUGUUUCUACAUCGACGAAUUUUAUUUUAAAAAAAACAGAUAAAUAAGUUCAAAGGAAAAAUUAUUAGUUUGCUGGACAUUUCGUUCAGCACAUCGUUUCCACUGUUCCAAUUGCCCACUGUUCACGCCAUAUUUCUGACGCAUAGCUCAGCAAUACGAUUUAUCUAAAGCUCCAUUUAAAAAAAGGAACGAAAACCUUUCUUCAAAUUAUGGUGCAUGUGCUCAUGGAAGUAAACGUCUUCAUUUUAUAAGACACUCAAUUUCUGAAAAAAAAAACCAUUAACGACUGCAAACAGAAAAAAAAACGAUGAAAACAUUUAAACAUGGCCUUAAAAAAACACAGAAACUUUUUGUAGAAUAUUGUGGUGUUUACGGCCUAUUUCUCCCGCAAAUCUUUUUGGUAAACCUUUGAAAAACUUUUUUUGAGAAACGAGAAAAAAACAAUAUUAAAAGCGAUCGACGAAUACAUGAAGUUUUUUUCAAACUUUUUUUAUCGCUUUUUUUCGAGAAAGAAUAUGAAAUUUGCUGUGUUCUUUUGUUUACAUUUGUACAACAAAAAUUUUUUUGCAACGAUAAUAAUACAUUUUGAAGACAUAAAACAAUUAAAAAAACGAUCAAAAUCAGAAUUAAAACCAAAAAAAUUAGCGUGGCCGAGGUUGGCAAAUUCGCAAGAUGCGCGCUACCGCACAAAUGGAAACAGCGGAGUGUCGUUCCAUGAAAUUUCAACUUGUGGCACAUCGACUAUAUUUGAGUCGUUUUGAAAAAAUCUCUCAAAAUUACCAAAACUUCUUUUUUUAUCUGUAUGGCAAUGAACUCAACUAAAAAUCUCUUUCAUUCUGAAUUUUUUUUAAUCAAAAAUACUCAAGUUCUUAGCAAAAAAUUUAUUAAUUACAGCCAACCUCUCCACUAUCACCAAGAUCUCCAAGAUCAGCUUCGAUUUCUCCAAACCCUCGCGGAGAUCUCUACACUACCAGUCACUUUUCUUCAAAUGAAGGUAAGAAGUUACUUAAAAAUCGAUUAAAACGACUUUUUAUUUAGGAAAAUAUGAAAGAAACGCUCCGCCAAGAGUUUCUCUAAGAACGACUUCAUACACAAAGUCAACUGGACACUUGAAUCAUUCUUCUGGUGAGUUUAAUAUACUCAAUCAAUAGUUCAUUCGACAGCUUCUCAUAAAAUCUCUUCAAAAAACUAUUUUUCGUUCCUUCCAGGCCUUCUGCUGGAAGGUGUUUGUCCUUUCGGCAAGGAAUUUUAGCCUUUUUUCUCGAAAACUAGCCAUUUUUGCUAAAUGAGGACGUCAGAACCCUCAAAAUCCAUAGAAAUGAGCUAUUUCAGAACAUUCAGCCCUCAUUUCUCGAAAAGUAGGAAGUUUUGUAGGUGAAGGCUUAGAGCAUUUAUAUAGGGGACUUCAAGAAAGAUUCUCGCCGAUUUUCAGAAAAUUCCCCUCCUUGUAGGGAGUAAUAAAUGAUUUUUUUCAGAUCACUCUCCUAGUGGUUAUCACAAUUUGCGAACUUCUUUGGGAAAGGCCAAAUCUGAGCUCUACGUCAACGACGAAUAUGCUGAAGUUCCGCCGAGACUCGAAGUCGGUCACGUCAAAAACUUGUCCAAGCUUUUCAGGUGGGUUUCAGGAUAAUUUUUGAGUCAUUUCGUGACAUUUUGGGAUGUCGUGAUAGUUAAAUUGAAAAAGAAACAUUCACUGACUUUUGGCAGGUAAUAAUAACUUAAAAAGGGCCGCUAAUUAUUAAAUGGGGCCUUAAUUAUUUUUUUAGAUCAUAUUUUUUUGAUAAUAGUCCAAUCUCAACAGUAUUUUCCUAUAAACUAGAACGAAAAUCGGUUUGAAAAAAAUUAAUUUUUUUCUCAAGGAAAAAUAACUAGUCGAAAAAUAGGCGUUUUUUUCAAGAAUUUUCAGCCUGAAAGUACACUAAAAAAACCUGUCUUUCUUGAAAUUUAUAAUGAAAAACUGAAAAAAAAGUUGAACGUUAUAAAGAAAAUGAGUUAAAAAGCGAAUUUUGAAAAUUUUUCCGAAGAAAAUCGUCUUUUUUUUUGCAUCCACAUGAUAAAACUGUGUGUAGACUUUUGUCUUUUCGUCAAAAAUGUCUUUAAAAAACUAGUAUCCCGAAUCUCCAUUGUAUCUUUUCAGCAAUCCCGACUCGAAGCCGCUUUCCACAAGUCAAAUUAUCUACAAAAGUGCGCCAAAAUCUCAGCAUUUCGUUGGAGAUGGAGUGUCACAUGAACAUCAUCACGGUAAAAAAUUAUAAAUUAGGGAAAAAUCUGGAAGAAUGAUUAAUUCAAGAACAACAGCAAAUUGUGAGGCCGAGAACUUUGCGGCGGAUUCCCCUGGACGAGGUCGCCCUUCAUGAAAGAAAUACCCACGAUUCAGAACAUCAUGAGGUUGGUUCAUUUUUUAAAAUAACCGCUGUUUUUCGAUUCCGCAAUAGAGAAAGAAAAAGAUAACCUAAAUUUGGAGCGACAGAGAUAAUUACAAAUUUCGCGAAAAUUUUGUGAACACGGUAUAAGGAAAAAACAACUAAAAUAAUCAAAAAUAAUCAAAAAAUAUGCGAAAAAUCGAGAAAAAAGAAAUUAUUUUCUUAAUCACCGUCUCUUCGUGUCAAUAGCUUCCAUCAAUGAAGAGCUAUGCGCCUUUAAUAAGAAACCCUCUCUUUGAUUAUAAUUUCAGUUAAUCUCACAUUUUUCUUUAAUUUUCCUCUUUAACAGGAAUUUUCGAGUAAUUUUUCGAUGAUAGCUUGAUUCAAAGAGCGUACCUUAUAAAAGUGCGGUUAUUAAAGUGAUCAUUAUUUUUCCUACUUUCUAUAAUUUUAAUUUUUUUUUAUUCUCUAGAGCUCUGGUUGGAUUUUCCCGUACUUAUUACCGAUCUUUAUUGGAAAAAUUAAAAAGAAUAUAGGAAUUAUUUUUCAACUUUUUUUUUUUUUAGUUUAAUGAGUCGUUUUUGGAACUGUCAAAAAUAAGUUCCGGAAAUUUUAAAAAAAUCGCACUUCAAAGCUUCAGGUAAAUAAGCGUAAAUUAAAUCCACAGAAAUUUUAAAAAAAGAGUAAAAAUCGUGAAAAAUCUAUGAAAAAUCGGCGGAAUUUUAAGACACUCGAGGGUUUAAAAAAUAUUUUGAAAUCCAAAAAAAAUUUUGAAUUCCAGGAAACCUUUUCCAACUGAUUUUCUCAGCUAAAAUCUGUUUUCUAAACGAAUUUUUCCAGAAACCUCAUGAGAUCAACGGGAAUAUUUCGAAGGACAGCGAGCACAGUGUUCAUUAUGCUUCCAGUGGUUAGUUUCUCUUCUAAGUUUGAAAUUUUCAAUAAUUUCAGGACUUCUAAACGGUCACCACAGUACUUUCCAUCACUCAAGGUUAAAAAAAAACUGAAUUUUUCCUGUAAAAGAAGGAAUUUUUCAGUGAAAACGACCCGCUGACCGUGAAAGUCCGCCGAGUUUACAAAGUCAUCCAUAAUGGGUGAAGAAAAAUAUUUUUUCUUGGUAAUAAAAAAAUUUUCAGCGCCUCUUCGGUUCUUUCUCCCACUCACAAUGAGCCAGAGUAGGUUUUGAAUUUUUUUUUUUCAAAAAUGUUUGAUUUUUUCAAGCGACGCCUAUAGGGUUUAGGGAAAAACAGCCCCCUAAAAGUGCUCCCUAGAGGGGUAAAUUUCAGCUACUUUGCAUAGGGAUUUAGAGUAUUUACCCCAAGCUCUUAAAGAUCAAGUGACCCCUAUAGGGUUCUUCCAAUUGUUCAUUACUAUGCGAUAGUUUUUCUUGUGGCCACUUAAGGGUUUUCAAGUUUUCAAGUUCAUAACAAAAAAUGACCAGCUUGCUCCCCUAGAGUGGCCACUUUUGCAAGCUCCGGCCCCUAGAGGGUAAUUUUCAGGAGCCCCUAAGAGGCCACUCUGCCGUUUUCAAGUAGUUUAAAUUUCGCUUUCAAAACGUUAUUUUUUGGCAAAAAUAUUACAAAUUUUGUAUAAAAUGUAGCUUAACAGAGUGCUUGGUUUAAUUUUGAACUAAAAAACGAAAAAAAUUUUUUUUAGAUAUUCCGUGCCUCCCGAUGCUCAACACCGCCCCACGGUCGACGACCUUCUCUUAUAA